AAUUCACCCCAAAUAACGAAUAAAACCACCAAGCUCCUCAUUGUUAUCUCUCGCCUUGACUGCUGCAACUCCCUCCUCAUUGGCCGACCUCUCCGUAGGCUAUCCCCUCUUCAGAUCCACUCCACUUUACCAACCAUCUCAGUGUCCUCCAUCCCUCUCUGCCAAUCCCUCCACUGGCCUCCACUCAGUGUCCUCCACCCCUCUCUGCCAAUCCCUUCAUUAGCCUCCAUUCAGUGUCCUCCACCCCUCUCUGCCAAUCCCUCCACUGGCCUCCACUCAGUGUCCUCCAUUCCUCUCUGCCAAUUUCUCCACUGCCCUCCACUCAGUGUCCUCCACCCCUCUCUGCCAAUCCCUCCACUGACCUCCCGUCACUGUCCUCCACCCCUCUCUGCCAAUCCCUCCACUGACCUCCCGUCACUGUCCUCCACUCCUCUCUGCCAAUCCCUCCACUGAACUCCACUCAGUGUCCUCCACCCCUCUCUGCCAAUUUCUCCACUGCCUUCCACUCUGUGUCCUCCACCCCUCUCUGCCAAUCCCUCCACUGACCUCCACACCUCUCUGCCAAUCCCUCCACUGACCUCCCCUCACUGUCCUCCACUCCUCUCUGCCAAUCCCUCCACUGAACUCCACUCAGUGUCCUCCACCCCUCUCUGCCAAUUUCUCCACUGCCUUCCACUCAGUGUCC